ACUUCGAUUUUGAUUAGUCUUUAUCAUCCAUCACAGUUUUGAGUGUCUUGGAUCAUGUCAAGUCGCAGUUGAUAAGAAGCCGACAAUUCGUAUUUAGUCGAAUUUUUGUUAAUAAUUCUCGUGCUUGAAUAUACAUAUAUAUAUACAUAUAUGCGUAUAUAUGGGCCGCGUUUCAUCCGAAAAACGUAAUUUCAUUUCUCCGGCAUUAUUUUAUUAUUUUGUCCUUCGAUCGUUUGUUCAUUUAACGUAUCGCUCCGAUUUGCUCGUUACUUGACGAUAUGAUGCCAAACACAGACGUUUAUGACAGUUUGUAUCUGUAUGCAACUCCGGAGAAGUUUUUUGUAGAGCCAGUCGGAACCAAAGUCCUGCUAGUAAUUGAUAGAGUGAGUCAGCAAAUCCACACGCAAGUUGGCACAGCUAGUCAAAUUCCAACAACUGCCAGUCGAAGAAAGAUAUGGGGACUGGUAGGGACUGUACGCCUUUUGGCAUGUCGUUACCUGAUUGUUAUUACAGAUGCUCAAAUGUGUGGUACUAUAGCUGGGCAUAACAUAUACAAGAUAUCAUCGACAGAGGUGAUACCUUAUACAAGAUCCUCUUUACAUUUGACCGAGAAACAAGUUCAGAAUAAUGCCAUAUAUUUGGAAAUGGUGAAAUCAGUAUUGAAUACACCAUACUUUUACUUCAGUUACACAUAUGACCUCAGUCAUACCAUGCAGAGGCUGCAUAACACAAUACCUGAAUUCUUGCAAAUGUCGCUUCACGACAGGGCAGAUCCUAGGUUUGUGUGGAACGCUUAUCUCCUUCAGGACUUGAGUGCAAGACCAGAGCAGUACAAAUUCUGUUUACCCAUCAUUCAUGGCUUUGUUUCAUUAAACACGAUAGUCGUAAACGGUGUUGCAUUUAAUUGGGGCAUCGUCUCUAGACGUGGUGUACAUCGUGCUGGAACAAGAUUGUUUUCGCGCGGUAUAGAUGCCACAGGGAACGUUUCCAAUUAUGUGGAGACAGAACAGUUGAUCGAAGUAAAUGGUGAUCGCAGUUCCUUUGUGCAAACGCGUGGAUCCAUUCCUUUAUUUUGGUGUCAAGCACCAAAUUUAAAGUACAAGCCAAAGCCACAAAUUAGUCCACAUGAAGACCAUCAAAGCGCUUGUGCGCGGCAUUUCGAUGUUCAGAUCUUUCACUAUGGAAAGCAAAUUUUAGUGAAUUUGAUUGAUCAACGUGGACCAGAAGCACUACUUGAAAAUGCAUAUCGCAAUUUAGUCCAAAGAAUUAACAAUGAAAAUAUACGAUACGAAGCUUUCGAUUUCCAUGCAGAAUGUAGAAGAUUGAAGUGGGAUAAAUUAAACACUUUAAUGGAUCGACUAGCUCACGAUCAAGAACAAAUGAGCUAUUUUCUAUUAAUGAGGGAUGGAGUAUUGCUUUCGGCUCAAGAUGGAGUUUUCCGUACAAAUUGCAUUGAUUGCCUAGACCGAACAAAUGUUGUACAAAGUAUGCUGGCAAAGCGGGUCCUCAAUGAAGUAUUAAGUAGGCUAGAAGUACUUCGAAAAGUAGAGGAUCACCCUGCAUUUGAGAAUCUUUUUAAACAGGUUUGGGCCGAUAACGCGGAUGUGAUAAGUAUUCAAUACUCUGGCACGGGAGCAUUGAAAACGGAUUUCACGCGAACUGGAAAACGCACCAAGUUAGGCGCUAUGAAAGACGGUUUAAAUUCACUAACGAGAUAUUACAAGAACAAUUUCGCCGAUGGAUACAGACAGGAUUCGCUGGAGCUUUUUCUGGGUCGCUAUAUUGUACAGGACGGCGAAUGCACUUCCAUUCAAUGUCCUUUGGAAUCCGAGCGAAAUUGGCGUUACGCUACAUUCCCGCUCGUUCUCUUAGUCGCGUCCUCGAUGUUAGUUGCUCAUAUAAUAUUACCAUCGCGAUACACAACGGAAAUAUUACUUUAUAUGUUAUUUUGGGGUGCCAUGGUGGCCGGCACCUUUGCCACUAUUAUCCAUCAUGGCAAGCAAUACGUUGAUAAGCCAAAAUUACUUUAGAAUUAAUUGAUAAUUCCAUGAAAUUUAAGAAAAAAAAAUAUAUAUAUAUUGUACAAUGUUGAUAAUCGAUGGCGAUAAGCGACUGUAGGAUUCUAUUAGUUUUGCACAAUCAAUUGAAUCAAUCGGUAUCUCGGUUUUUCUAUCAUGACACAUAGAUCUCAUCGUGUGAGAAGAUCUCUCGGCGUAAUAACAAAACUUACCUUCGUAAAGAAUUAACAUUUUUAUUCGGCAUUAUUUCAUUGUAAAAUUAUUAGAAGCCGAAUAUUUAUCGAAUGCAUUUUUAUUGAUGGUAUAAGGUAUAUGUCGGGGGCCACGCAUAAUAUCUCUUAUACAAAAAUCGCAAUAUCAUUAUUGUGAUUUUUGCACUUUACGCAUGAUAGGUAAUGGAGUAUAUAAUUCUUGAUGAUUUUCGUUUCUUAGAGUUCGCUUGAUGAACUUUUGUAAUGUAUUGUAAAGAGUUAGGCCUUUGGUCUACAACAGUGUGAGUAGGGCUAACCGCGGAUUGUACUCAGCACCUACCGUCCAUAGAUAAUCUGCAGCUGGUUUUCGAUUCGAGAUAUAAAAGGAUUUAAGGAAAUCUUUCUCAUAAUUUUUUCAAUUUUAACAAAUUAGAAUUUUUUUAUAAAAGUCCGAAGUUAUUUCUAUAGUGAAUGUGUCUUUAAAUUUA